AUGUCUUUGCCAACUCUUUAUUACUUCGAUGCCAAGGGUCGUGCUGAAUAUGCACGUUUAAUCCUAUCUUUUGCUGGUGUUGAAUACACUGACUACAGAUUCCCAUACCCAGGUGUUCCAGCUGAAGUCGCUGCCAAAACCACUUUUGGUCAAGUUCCACACUAUUCCGAUGGUGAAAUUGAAUUGUCCCAAUCGUUAGCCAUCGAAUUGUAUUUAGCCAGAAAGUAUAAUUUACUUGGAUCUAAUGCCGUUGACGAAGCCAAGAUUAUCAGUUAUGCUCUAUCGGUUGGUGAUAUCUUCCAAGCGUUCCUCAUGGCACAACAAGGUGGUCCCGAGGCAAUGGAGAAGUACAGUACCGAAGUGGCACCACGUUACUACCGUGUUUGGGAUAAGAUUCUCAAGGAGAACGGUGGUAAGCAUAUCUAUGGAAGAGACAACAUUACCUAUGCCGAUCUCGUAAUCUUUGCUUGCAUUGACUACGUUAAGGGAAUGCAAUUCGGUGAGAAAUUCGAACAAUUCCCAGCAUGUCUUGAAUUCCAUCGUCAAAUGCUAGAGGUUCCAGAAAUCAAAAAUAAUAAUAAUCGAUGUUUAUCAAUAACAACAAAGAGUAUAAUUACAAAAUCAUAUAAUAAUCUAUCUUUAUCAAAUACAUUAUUAUCAAAUAAAAUUAGUAAUAAUAUAAAGUUAAUUUCAACAUUUGCAUCAAAAAAUAGUAAUAAUAAUAAUAAUAAUAACAAUAAUAAUAAUGAUAAUACAAGACAAUCUAUUACAUCAAAUAAAAUAUCACCUAUUUUACCUAAAGAAUAUAUAAAGAUUAGUAAAGAAUCGGUUGAAGCUAAACAACGAUUGAAUGUAGAUACGAAUAUCGAGCAGCAAUUGAUUGAUGAUUCCGAUGCUUUCUUUGCGAAUAAGAGUAAUCAUCAACGUUACUUCAAGUGGUUAGGUGCACGUCUACGUUACAGAUUGCCAACCGAUUGGUAUAAAGCAAAGCGAAAGGACAUCGUUACAAACUACGGACGUUCACUGCUCGACAAACACUACAAAGGUGAUCACAUCGAAGCGAUAAUCGCCAACAUCGGUCAACCCGAUACCAUUCUCAAACACUGGCACUUCCCAACACUCCAGAAACAAUAUUGGAACGAUCAGACUCGUCGACAAUUCACCUGUUGGCUAGCGAAACACUGUGAGUUUGGUGAGCAGCCAUCCGACCAAUGGCAUUACCUACGCACCAACGACUUUCUUCACAACUCUGGCAACCACAUCAUCGGAUACUACGGCGACGUUCCAACCGCGCUACAGAAGCUGUUCCCCGAGUUCCAGUGGAAACCAUGGCUGUUUGAACGCACGCCAACCGGCUACUUUCGUAGCGUCGAGAAUGCCAAGCUCUACCUCGAGUGGCUCGCACCGCAGUUGAACAUCACCGAGCCGACCGACUGGUACAAAGUCACGCAAAAAGAUUUCCGUACUCACCAAGGAUUCCAUCUACUGAAGUGCUACCAGACGACACCCGCUAAAGUAGUGAUGACAGUACUGCCCGAUCUUCAUAAAUGGCAAUCGUGGCGAUUCGUAGUGAUAAAGAGCAAGAAGUGUAACAUCGAUUAUCUCGACGAUAUGAUUCAACAUCUACGAAGCGAAUCGAAAGAGAUUACAUUGGAGAACAUCGAAGCGAUUGGUGGAUCAUCGAUACUUCAACACUUUGGCGGUAACAUCGAAGAAGCACUAAAGUUACUCGAAAACAAAGAAGCAUAUCUCGCCUCUCAAGUGCCAUCUACCGUCAAAAAAGAUAAAUCAACAACAACAUCGUCGUCAUCGUCAGAUGUCGAAUCAUUCGAAGAUCAAUAUGAAUUCAUUCAAGACGAAUUUGGUGACAAUGAAGAAGAUCCAUUCGCUCUCGAUCUAGAAGAAGAAGAAGUGUUUAAACCCAAACCAAAAUCACAAAAGAAAGACAACAAAAAUAAGAUUAGCAAAAAGAAGAAACCAUAA